UCCCAGAUGAGUCUCAACUGGGACAUCCUUACGGAGAUUAUGUCUUUUCUGGAUUGCGAAGAUGCCAGUAGGAUGUCGCGCACUUGUCACAUCCUGCUUCGGGCUGCCCCGCGAAUCCUGCUGUCGCGGGGCGAGUGCGAGAGUGUCACGCGCCACAAACCCUGGCAAUUUUUGUCGUUUUGCCAGUUCAUGUUCAGUGGGCGACACAACGGCUUUCAGUAUCUGACGCGGCUGAUGCUGUCGCCGAAUCGGCAGUUAUUCUACAUGCCCCAGCUGGGAAAGCUCAUGGCCGAUAUCCUUGUGCAAGCCACAGAGCUCAGACUAUUCAAGUUGCACGACUGCAAAAUCUUGGAUAUUGACAACCGGGCAGGCUGUGCCUUCACAAAUCUGGAGAAGCUUCGAACGCUUCAAAUCAGCUCUUUCACCGAUGGAACAUUCGUCCUGCUCAAGAAGAUGAAGGCACCACUUACGGGAAUUGAUGCCAAUUUCACCCGCCUCCGCAGGCUGAUUGACCCCGUCCCGGUGUUCGCGCGCUUUAAGGGUUCGUUACGCGCCAUGGACGUUGUCGGGGUCGCGUUCCACAGCACCGAGAUUCAGUACCCCCGCGUCCUCAGCCUUUCGACAAAUCUCGACGAUGCUACCGAGCUCGAGCGCAUCGCGCUCUGUUUCCCGAAUCUGCAAGAUUUUUACAUGCAUAUAUAUCCGAAUGGGUAUACGGUGGAGGAUGUUGAGGAGAACCGGCUGUCGAAUCUUGCGUUGCAAACGCGCAGUACGUGGCCGUCUCUCCGUCGGCUCUCGAGCACCGUCUUGGAGCUGUACAUGCUCGGAAUACGCUGCAGCGUGGGUUAUGUCGAUGUAGCCCGCCAAUCACUAUCUUCGGCGGUCGACGGUCGGAGGCUGGCCGCUAUCCUCACUGAUGUCCGCCCGACAAGCCUUAGUAUCAGGCUUCGGAUACCGAGAUUCGACCCACUGUCGCUGGCCGUGUAUCUGGCUCCCAUCAAAGGCAGGUUGGCAGAACUCGAGUUAACGCUCGAAUAUGACUGGUGCAUGGACCCU